GGAGUAGUGGCCAUUGGUUGGGAUGAGUACGGAGUAGUGGCCAUUGGUUGGGAUGAGUACGGAGUAGUGGCCAUAUGGUUGGGAUGGAGAGAGUGGCCAUUGGGAGUAGUGGCCAUUGGUUGGGAUGAGUAUGGAGUAGUGCCAUUGGUUUUAGCAGUUAGUAGAUCAUUAGUGAGUUUUAGUAGGGCAGUUUUCAGUGGAGUGGAGAUGGGUCUUAAGUUGUUCAGGUUGGUGGGGUCCAGGGAGGGCUUGUUAAGUAUGGGAGGGAGGGGAAGGCACCAGUAGAGAGGGAGAGAUUGAAGAUGUGAGUGAGGGAGCAUAGGAUGGAAGAAGAGGGUGACCGUAGUAGUUGUGAGGGGACAGGAUCCAGGGGGCAGG